AUGGCGACGACGAAGAGGAAGGCGGUGACCGACGAGCGGCCGAACAAGAAGGUCAAGCCUACAGAUGCGAGCGAGAAGCAAGCCAAAGCGACAAAGCCCACGAAGCCAGCAAAGCCGCAAGCAGAGGUCUCUUCCGAACGAAAAGCUGUGCCGAAGUCAGUAUUACAGCAGGAAGAUCGAGCCUUUCCCCGUGGUGGCGGUAGCGUCUUGACACCCAUCGAGCAGAAGCAGAUCAAGGUGCAAGCCGAACGAGAUGUGCUGUUCGAGCAGCAGACGGGCAAGCCAACGGCAGACGAGAACGGUGAUGGAGAGCUUUUCGAUGAAGGCGCCAGCGCAGCGGCAAAGAAGAAGCAAAAGAGGAAGAAGGCCGGCGAUGAGGAUGUCAAGCAGGUCUCCACUCUCAAGGUCCAGGGUCUGAGCUACAAGAACUUGUCUAUUGGAAGUGUCCUGUUGGGAUAUGUCACGGCUGUCACCAGUCGAGACGUGGAGCUGGCGCUUGCGAACAACCUUUCAGGAUAUGUACCAAUAACGGCCGUCUCAGAGAACCUCAAUGCGCGCAUAGAGAGGCUACUGGAGACCGAUGGACAAGCUGAAGAAGAGGACGACGACGAGGACAUUGACAUGAAAGACCUCUUCUACGCUGGACAAUGGCUGCGCGCGACUGUCACGGCUACAACAUCGGCGCCGACAGAGAGCAGCGGGACAAGCAAGCGGCAUAUUGAGCUGUCGGUGGACCCGCGUAAGGUCAAUGGAGGGCUUGAUUCGAGCAGUGUCGUACAAAACAGCUUGAUUCAGGCAUCCGUACGAAGCGUGGAGGACCAUGGACUUGUAAUGGAGCUUGGUCUCUCAAGCCCAAAACUCAGCGGAUUCAUAAGCAAGAAGGACCUGGGUACGGCGUAUGAGCUUGAGGACGUAGAGGAAGGUCAAGUCAUGCUGUGCUUGGUAACUGGCAAGGGCAGCAAUGGCAAUGUGCUCAACCUAAGCCCUGGAGCAGUCCCUCGCUCGGCGAUCGCAGAAGGCAAACAAGCACCUGCUGUGAGCGAAGCACCUACGGUUGAAGGGUUCCAGCCUGGAACGGCAGUCGACGUGCUCGUGACCGACAACAGCCCCGCCGGGGUCGCUGGAAAAGUCAUGGGUAUGCUCGAUGUUACAGCAGAUCUGGCUCACUGUGGUGCGGGCUUAUCUGGGGAUGACAUUAACAAGAAGUACAAGGUCGGCAGCAAAGUCCGAGGACGCAUUAUCUGGGCUCUACCUCAGGACGAUGGCAGCCGUAGGGUCGGUGUUUCGCUGUUGGACCAUGUUCUCACCAUGCCCGCACCUCCAUCAAAGCUGCCAAGUAACGCGAGUGCAAAGCUCAAGGCUCAAUCGACUUCGCUGCAGCAACAUCAUCCGCUUUCCUCCAUCGUUGAAGAUGCCAAGGUGAUCCACGUCACCCCAAAUCGUGGUCUGUACAUGCAGCUCUCUUUUUCCCGGACGAAGGAACCAGCGAAGGCUUUUGCGCACAUAUCGCAGAUAUCCGAUGACCGUAUCGAUACCCUGACGUCUUCCAUUGGCAAAUACAAGGUCGAUUCGACGCACAGCGCUCGCAUCAUCGCUUACAGCCCCAUCGACAACCUCUACCGAGUAGCACUGAAGCCCUCGAUCCUGGAACAACAGUUCCUACGAAUCGAAGAUCUCAAGGUUGGCGAAAAUGUCAAGGGCAAAGUCGAGCGGUUGAUCCUGGGUGCCAAAGGCGUCACGGGCGUGCUUGUGAAGUUGAGUGAUGGGGUGACUGGCCUCGUGCCGGAGAUCCAUUUGAGUGACACUCACCUGGAGCACCCCGAGCGAAAGUUCAAAGAAGGAUUUCCUGUCAAAGCGCGGGUGCUCAGCGUGGAUUUGGAGAAGAGGCAUGUUCGUUUGACACUGAAGAAGUCGCUCGUCAAUGAUGACUCCUCGGCAUCAAUAUGGAAGGAGUAUGCCUCUUUGAAGCCUGGCAUGGAAGGCAAAGGCACUGUCGUCAACAUAUUGCAAGCCGGUGCUGCUGUGCAGUUCUUUGGCAACGUGCGCGCGUGGCUACCUGUCGCUGAAAUGAGCGAGACUUUCAUUGAGCGACCAGAGAAGCACUUGCGCUUGGGGCAGACAGUCAACGUCCGGAUACUGUCGGUCGACCCAGAGGCUCAGCAGAUGAAGGUCUCCUGCAAAGAUCCUGCCGAAUUUGAUGCUGCGCUUGAGGAAGCUUGGGAGAGCACAGCCGGCGGCCAAACCGUUUCAGGCAGAGUCACCGAGAAGAGCCCAGAGUCUGUCACGGUCGAGCUUCCCAGUGGACUCAAAGGCACAAUUCGCGUUGGCCAUCUGAGCGAUUCUGCCACUGCUGAUCCUGAGAAGGCCUUGAAGAAGGUACACAUUGAGAAGACGCUCGCUGAGCUGGUCGUGCUCCACAGACUUGAGCGCAGCCGGCAUGUACUGCUUACUAGGAAGUCCAGUAUGGUCAAGGAAGCGAAGGCGGGCGACUUGAUCACUUCUUUCGCGGAUGCCGUGGUAGGCAAGAAGGUCCAUGGGUUCGUCCGCAACGUCACGCCGGAAGGAGUCUACACAGAAUUUGCCGGUGGUAUAGUUGGCUUGCUGCCGAAGAGCCAACUGGUACCUGAGAUGCUGGGCCAGGCUGCCUUCGGUCUUGUCAAAGAUCAGUCAAUCAAUGUCUGGGUCUCAAACGUUGAUGCUACAAGGGAACGCAUCUCUCUUAGCAUGCGAGAGCCAGCGCCUUCCAUUGAGGAGAACAAAGAACACGUGCCGGCAGCACUCGAGAUUGUUAACCCUGCUGAUCCGACAGUGAGGUCCUUGGUCGACCUCUCACUCGGCAGGAUCACAAAGGCUCGCGUGACUGGCAUUAAGGCAAGCCAGAUCAACGUGCGCUUGGCAGACAAGAUCCAAGGGCGAGUCGACGUCAGCGAAGCUUUCGACUCAUGGGAUGGCAUUCGGAACAAGAAGGCACCGAUCCAAAAGUUCAAGGCAAACGAUAUCAUCGAUGUCAAGAUUCUGGGCGUUCAUGAUGCGAGAAACCAUCGCUUCCUGCCUAUCACGCAUCGACAGAGCGGCGUGCCGGUGUUUGAGCUUUCGGCGAAGAAGAGCCGGAUCCAGAACAGAGACGAGAGUGGACUGACCAUGGAUUCGAUAAAGCAAGGCUCGCAACACAUAGCGUUCGUGAAUAACCAUGGCGACCGUUGCGUGUGGGUCAAUUUGUCACCGAACGUCCGUGGCAGAGUCGCCUUGAUGGACCUCUCAGACGAUGCUGGUCAGCUUCAGAAUUUGGAGAAGAACUUUCCAAUCGGUUGCGCUUUGGAGGUCACUGUCAAGAGCGUGGAUGCUGCAAACAACAAGCUUGACCUUAUAGCGAAAGUGAGAAGCUCUGCUGAAGAGUUGACGCUUGAGACCAUCUCACCUGGCAUGAUCCUCGCUGGACGAAUUACGAGGGUCAACGAGCGGUCCGUGACGGUACAGCUUUCGGACAACCUUGGCGCUCCUGUGCCGCUUGUUGAGAUCGGUGAUGACUACGACGACCUGAAGCUGGCUCAGUACAAUAAGAACGACAUCGUCCGCGUGGGCAUCAUUGACGUUGAUGCACCCAAUAAGCGGCUCUACUUGACCCUACGACCCUCGAAGAUGCUCAGCUCCAGCUUGCCGGUCAAGGAUCCACAAGUCACCAGCUACUCGCAGCUCAAGCCCGGGCAGCUGGUCCGAGGCUUCGUCAAGUAUGUCGCCGAGAAGGGCGUCUACGUCUCGCUCGGCGCGAAGAUCGAUGCUUUGGUUCGCAUCUCCGACCUGAGCGACCAGUACAUCAAGGACUGGAAGAGCAUCGUCGAAGUUGAUCAGCUUGUGCAAGGGAGGCUGCUCUCUGUGGACGCAGAUGCGAAGCACGCACUACUGAGCUUGAAAGCAUCUCACGUAGAUGAGAACUUCAAGCCACCUGUGACGAUGACUGACCUGACGCCAGGCAUGAUCGUAACAGGUAAGGUUCGCAAAGUGGAAGACUUUGGUGCAUUCAUCGAUAUCGAUAACACGCAGCCUAGAUUGUCUGGUCUGUGCCAUAGGAGUGAAGUGGCAGCGAAGCGGGUUGAGGAUGUGCGCAAUCUAUACUCUGCUGGCGAUGUGGUGAAGGCGAAGGUUUUGGCUGUUGAUGUGGAGGCGAGGAAAAUCAGCCUUGGGCUUAAGGCUAGCUACUUUGCUAACGGAGAAGACGAUGUGGAGAUGGAAGAUAAUGAAGACGAUUACAGCGGUGUCGAGGUGGAUGGCAUAGCCUUGCGGGAUGAGAGUGAAGAUGAAGAUGUAGACAUGGAUAUAGAUGGCGGCAUUGAGUUGGAAGAUGUGGAGGAUGCCGAAAGCGGAGAGGAUGCUUCUGAAAGCGACGAGGAGAUGGAUGAGGACGAACCAAAGCCGACUGGUGGUCUUAAGACAAACGGCUUCGACUGGAAUGGAGGCAAUGGUGCCGCAACUGCUGCUGAAGCGGCUUCCGACUCUGAAGCAGAUGCAGCACCCAAGAAGCGCAAGCGCAACAAACCCGAGAUCAAGGUCGACAUGACCGGCGACCUAGACAAGUACGGAUCUCGCAGCGUCAGCGACUUCGAGCGACAGCUACUUGGCCAACCCAACGACUCUGGCCUCUGGAUCCAGUACAUGGCCUUCCAGCUCGAACUCAGCGAAGUACAGCGGGCUCGCGAGAUUGCUGAGCGUGCCUUGCGAACGAUCCACAUCCGCGAGCUGGAUGAGAAAGCCAACGUCUGGAUCGCAUGGAUGAACCUGGAAGUCGAGUACGGCGAUGAGGAACGAGUCGAAGACGUCUUCAAGCAGGCUUGCCAGGUUCAGGAUCCACUCGAGAUGCACCAGAAGCUCGCAUCGAUCUACAUCGACUCCGGCAAGCAUGACAAGGCAGAUGCGGUCUUCGAGAAGAUCGUAGGCAACAAAGCUUUCCGGGCGAGCCAAGAUGUGUGGGUCAACUAUGCGAGCUUCUUGAUGGAUUCGCUGAAGUCUCCGGACAAGGCUCGGUCGCUGCUUGAUCGAGCGCUGCAGUCUAUCUCAUUGCCUAAUGAGCAGCGCUCGCUGACUUCACGCUUCGCGGCUCUAGAGUUCAAGGCGGCAAACGGCAAUGCUGAGCGCGGGCGCACGAUGUUCGAGGCUUUGCUGUCUGAAUGGCCGAAGUGGAGCUCAGGCUGGGAUACGUUCGUCGACCUUGAGCGCUCUAGGCUGUCGCAUGCGACUACUGCAGAGGCCAAGUCGGAUGCGAAAGAGAAGGUCCGAGCAUUGCACGAGCGCAUUGCGUCGCAGAAGAUGAAGAAGCGCAGGGCUCGUUUCGUCUUCAAGCGCUGGAUGCAGUUCGAGGAAGAAGAGGGUACUGCGAAGACUGCGGAGAGAGUGAAGGCGCUGGAGAAAGCGUAUGAGGAGGCGCAGCAGGCGAUGGAUGGGGAGUAG